UGAUGAUCGGUGUAGUUUAGUAUGCGCUGGUCUCGGUGAUUAUCAGUGUAGUUUAGUAUGCGCUGGUCUCAGUGAAGAUCGGUGUAGUUUAGUAUGCGCUGGUCUCAGUGAUUAUCAGUGUAGUUUAGUAUGCGCUGGUCUCAGUGAUGAUCGGUGUGUGCGCUGGUCUCAGUUCAGUGAAAGUGUGAGGCGGCUCGCAGCUUUAGCUGCCGUCAUGGAGAACUACUGGACGUCGCUUUUGCGUGGAGGAUUGUACAAACCUGUGACUUUUUAUGAUGUUCUUGGGUCACAAAUUGAGUUUUCAGGAAAUAAAGGAUAACGUUUGAGAACAUACGUUGUUUCUGGACCGGCCUGCAGAGUUUAAAGCGAUUUUAAAGAAUAACUUCACAUGCUAACUGAAGCUAACGCAAAUCAAUGCCAGACACACGAGUCUUGUGUUUGUGUGAAGAAACACGACAGAACGUGUUUUGUCGGCGGAUCUGCUUGAUGUUAUGUUCUAUCUCUUUGUAUUUACAUGUGUGAAUAUAUUAAGUUUUCGUGGAAAUCCGAGAGUUUAAUAUGAAUUCCGCAGUGGAUUUAUCGCUGAAGAAAGCGCUGAAAACUCCUCCAUCACGACGAACGGCUGAGGACCUGAACACCAUCUACACUCACCUGUACCACAUGGACGUGUUGUCUCACCUCAGAGAACAUCAGCUCAGGUCCAUGUGCAUGACGGCCAGAUACCAGAACUAUGAAGCCAACCGCAUUCUCUUCUAUGCCGACACCAUCUCCACGUGCUGGUACAUUCUGCUCACGGGCUCUGUGUUUGUGAAGGAGCACAUGUACCUGGCGAGAUGCUGUUUUGGAACGCAGCGUGGAGGAAGACGAGGCUGUGAAUGCAUCACUUUAGAGCCGUCAGAAAUGAUUGUGGUGGAGAACACCAGCGAUAGCGACGAUGGGGCUCUACAGAGAGACGGAUCUCAGCGGCACUCGCGGCGGCGCUUUCGUAAGGUCAACCCUCGAGGAGAGCGCCAACUGAUAACGGACAAUCAGGACCCCUCACCGAUGGAUUAUACGGAUGAGCAGCUCCCUGGUGACCUCAGCAAGAUGCACCUGACAGACCACCCCCAUGUUCCAGCCAGCCAAUCAGGAUGCAGCAUUGCCAGUGACUCAGGGAGCAGCAGCCUAUCAGACAUCUAUCAGGCCACAGAGAGUGAGAUGGGUGAUGUGGAUCUCUCGGGUCUUCCUGAAGCUCCUGUGGACUCUGAGGAUGAGGAGGAAGAUGAAGACAUUGAGCGGUCCUCUGAGGCUCUUCUGGUUCGAGAUCUGGUGCGAGAGUGUCUGGAGAAGGAUGCCGUGGAUCGGACCGACGAUGACAUUGAGCAGCUGCUGGAGUUCAUGCAUCAGCUGCCGGCGUUUGCCAACAUGACCAUGUCUGUGAGGAGAGAGUUGUGUCGGGUCAUGAUGUUUGAGGUGGUGGAACAGGAAGGAACCGUCAUACUGCAGGACAAACAGGAGUUGGAUUUGUGGUACGUGAUCCUCAACGGUGCUGUGGAGAUAAGCCAUGGAGACGGUCGGUCAGAGAUCCUGUGUAUGGGGAACAGUUUCGGCAUCACGCCGUCUUUAGACAAACAGUUCAUGAACGGUGUGGUGCGCACCAGAGGAGACGACUGCCAGUUCGUGUGCAUCGCUCAGGAGGAUUACUGCCGUAUCCUCAACCACGUGGAGAAGAACACACAUAAAGUGGAGGAGGAGGGUGAGAUCGUCAUGGUGAAGGAGCACAGAGAGCUGGACCGCAGCGGCACCAGGAAGGGACACGUCGUCAUCAAGGGCACACCUGAGCGUCUCAUCAUGCAUCUGGUGGAGGAGCCGUCAGUCGUAGACCCCACUUACAUUGAGGACUUUCUGCUCACAUACCGCACAUUCCUCUCCAGCCCCAUGGAAGUGGGCAAGAAACUUCUGGAAUGGUUCAAAAUGGACAGUCUCAGAGACACGGUGACGAGGAUCGUGUUGUUGUGGGUGAACAAUCAUUUCAAUGAUUUUGAAGGAGAUCCCGUCAUGACUCAGUUCCUGGAGGACUUUGAGAAGUUACUGGAUUCCUCUAAAAUGAAGGGUCACCUGCGUCUGCUGAACAUCGCGUGCGCCGCUAAAGCCAAGUGUCGUCAGAUCAGCCUGCAGAAGGCAUCCAGAGAGUCUCCGCUGCUCUUCGCGGUUCAGGGCGGCAGUGAGAGAGGCUUCGGCAUCUUCAUCGAGGCCGUCGAGGUGGGGAGUAAAGCGGCAGAGGCGGGACUCAAGCGUGGAGAUCAGAUCAUGGAGAUCAACGGACAGAACUUUGAGAACAUCUCGUACUCCAAAGCCAUGGACUUCCUGAAGACCAACACACACCUCUCUCUCACCGUCAAGACCAACAUCUUUGUUUUCAAAGAGCUUCAGAGUCGCUUGAAGAACGAGAAGAAGAAUGGUCCUCUGCACAUCCCGAAGAUUCAGGAGAAGAAGAGCAAUCGCUUCUCCAUCGCCGAGCUGCCCGGAGACAUGGAGUUUCCCACCGAUAGCAAGAGUCACAAGAAGAUGAAGGCUAACACGGUGUCUGGAGGACGCAACAAGAUCCGCAAGAUGCUAGAGAAGACCAGAUUCAGCAUUCUGCCUCCUAAACCCUUCAGUGAUUCUGGUAUGGCUCAGUCUCAGGAUGACAGUAUCGUGGGCACUAAACAGUGCCGUCACAGCGUGGCGAUAAUGCCCAUCCCCGGCAGCCUGUCGUCCAGCAGCCCGGACCUGCUCCAUCCGGCCGCCAGCGCUCUGGACUUCACCAACCCAUCAGUGGCCAGUUUCUACUACAUUCCAGAUCAGGUGAUCCGCGUGUUCAAGGCCGACCAGCAGAGCUGCUACAUUAUCAUCAGUAAAGACACCACAGCCAAAGACGUGGUGUCGCACGUCGUCCAUGAGUUUGGUCUCAUCGCCGCCUCAGAUACAUACUCGCUCUGCGAGGUCUCCGUGAGUCCCGAAGGAGUCAUCAAGCAACGCCGACUGCCCGACCAGCUCUCCAAACUGGCUGACCGCAUCCAGCUCAACGGCAGGUACUACCUGAAGAACAACAUGGAGACGGAGACGCUGUGCUCUGACGAAGAUGCUCAGGAGCUGCUGAGGGAAAGUCAGAUCGGCCUUCUUCAGCUCAGCACGGUGGAGGUCGCUGCACAGCUCUCCAUGAGAGACUUCGGCCUCUUUCGUAACAUCGAGUCCACCGAGUACGUGGACAACCUGUUCAAGCUGGACCCUGGCGGAGGCGGCAGCAGCCGUCUGAAGCAGUUCGAGGACAUCAUCAACCAGGAGACCUUCUGGGUGGCCACCGAGAUCCUCGGUGAGCCCAACACGCUCAAACGCAUGAAGACCAUCAAACACUUUAUCAAGAUCGCCCUGCACUGCCGUGAGUGUAAGAACUUCAACUCCAUGUUCGCCAUCAUCAGUGGUCUUAACCUGGCCCCGGUCGCUCGGUUGAGGAGCACGUGGGAGAAACUGCCCAGUAAAUACGAGAAACUCUUCCGGGAUCUUCAAGACAUCUUUGACCCAUCACGCAACAUGGCCAAGUACCGCAACAUCCUGAGCAGUCAAAGCGUCCAGCCGCCCAUCAUUCCUCUGUUUCCUGUGGUGAAGAAAGAUCUCACCUUCCUACACGAGGGGAACGACUCCAGUGUGGACGGCCUGGUGAAUUUCGAGAAGCUACGGAUGAUCGCCAAAGAGAUUCGACACGUUGUGCGCAUGACAUCGGCCAACAUGGACCCGGCGCUCAUGUUCAGACAGAGGAAGAAGAGAUGGAAGAGUUUAGGAUCUCUGAGUCAGGGCAGCACCAACUCAAACCUGCUGGACGUCCAGAGCAACCACAAGAAGCGCGUGAGACGCAGCUCGCUACUGAACGCUAAGAAGCUGUACGAGGACGCUCAGAUGGCCAGGAAGGUGAAGCAGUACCUGGCACACCUGGAGGUGGAGACGGACGAGGAGAAGUUUCAGAUCAUGUCUCUGCAGUGCGAACCGGCCUACAGCACAUUAUCUAAGAACCUGAGCGAGCGGCGGUCCGCUAAAUCCGACAUGUCUCCCGUGUCCACGCGGUCCGGUCUGUCCUCGGCCAAGUCUCAGAACCGCGUCUCUCAGGUCCUGCAGGUUCCUCCCGUGAGUCUGUAUCCUCUCCGCAAGAAGAGCAUCGCUAAAGACCUGGCCGCCGCAUUCAGUACGUCACAAUCACGUCCAAACUCACCUCAUACUCAGAAGAAAGCAGCUCCUUCCACUGAUGACACGUGCGUGAAGAGACCUGAGGACCCAUCCAUUGGCUCGUCCCUGCACUCCAGUCCCACUGUUUCCCCACAGGGGUCUCCUCGCAAAGUGGGCGGAGCUCUGAAACAGAACAGCGGUCAGCUGCACCUGUCGGGUUCGUCGUCAUCUCUCACGAGCGAGGCUAGCACCAGAGCGGCGGGCAGCAUGCCGGCCGGACGCACCUACGGCAUAGGUUACGCUCUCAUGCCUGCCGGCAGGUCGGAUCUGUCAGACUCCAGUGAGAUCUCUUCUCGCUCCAGUAUCGUCAGUAACUGCUCCGUAGACUCCAUGCUCACCGCAGCUUCAGUUUCCUGCCCGCCGGAGAGCAGCAACAACACAGACUGCUGUCAGCCCGGCACCAGUUCGUCUCUGGCCCGAUAUCCCGUGAUGAGAGGCUCGACGUUCACCUCCUCCACCAGCACCGAAGAGCUGCCGGCCGCUGAGCACGUCUCUGAACUGGCGGACAGCGGGCGCGGGAGCUGGACGUCCUGCUCCAGUAACUCUCACGACAACCUCCAGACCCUUCCGGGUCAGCGCUCUCUGGACCUGCUCAACCUUCGCCACACGCCCAUGUGCGGGCCGAUCGCCGAGGUGCCGGGGCUAGCGGAGAACAGCUGCUCUGAGCUCGGUCACUCCAGACAGUCCUGGACGUCCUCCAGCUCUCUGUCUGACACCUACGAGGGUGCUUACGGCACCAUCAAACGCAGAGCCGGAGAUCAGACGGCUUCUGACGGCCAAAGCAACGACCCCGCGUACAAAAUGAUCACGUCCAGCACAGAGAAAGGACUCAUAGUGUACUGUGUAACGUCGCCCUGCAAAGACGACAGGUUCAAAGCACCGCCCCCCACUCCGCCGGGUUAUCAGGGGCUGGCUCUGGCCGACACCCAUGCACAAGAGGGAGGAGUUUUACGGCCGGCCCACGUAAAGCCGCCCGACUAUAACGUGGCCUUGCAGAGGUGCAAGCUGCGAAACAGCCUGGCUGAGCCGACGCUGUCCAGACCGCCCAGUGUUCUUCUCCUUCCUCACGCUGAUAGCGAGGAGGAUGAGCAGGUGUCUGCAGUGUGACUUCAGUCAGGCGUCUGAUCUUCAUCUCAGCAUCACAGACUGCGCUGAACAACAGCCAUCCAUGUUUUACUUGAGCAGAAACUCGUCAGAUUUACACCGCUAUCACAGAAGUUCUGUGCAUCUUCAUCGGUGCCUCAUUUCACGCAAAGCUUUCAAACACUCCAAUACAAGAGAGAUUACCGGUCUAUGGUGAAUGAUAAAAACUGACAGCGUGACCCUGGAGGAAGUAGCCACAGAUUGAAAGUCAACUUUGACCCUAUUUGAUUUCUUAUUUCUAAACUUUCCAGUUGAUGAACAUUCCUGGUCUUACUGCGCACAAUUUAUCAGUGCAUGUUAUUCCAAAGAAAAACGUUUACUUGUGGUGUGAUGUCAGCAAGCCCUCAUAUAUUUCAGCCGUCUGUGUCAUGUUGAGACCAAUCCAGUUUCAGACAGGUGUCAAAGGAAGAUUCACACGAUGUUUAUAUCUGCUCCAUCAUUCAGAGGUGAAUGUUAAUGGUACUUUAUUAAUGAUCUUCAUUUUUCAUGUAGGAAAGCAGGUUUUAGUGCUUUUUCAAGUUGAUGAACAAAGCUUGUCCGCUGUGAAAUAUCACAUGCACAUGAACACUGUCGGGUGGUAACGCAUGCUCGCAGCAUUGGACGUGUUUACACAGAGUCUUACAAUUUGUUUACAGUGUUUGUUAGAGCUAGUGGUCGUCUGUUUCACAACUGAAUGUGCGAUCGUAGACGUGAGCAGUUUUUUAUGCAAUAAGAUUAAGCGCCGGCCUCCAUCUGAUCUGUACAUUGUUAGCGAUUGGAUUUGCUACUCGUGUUGUUGUAUAUAGUGACCAAGAUCAAUACUGCUUGUCAGGGGAUAAUAUAUUUAUAUGCCAGAUGUGCAUUUUCAUUCCUAGUUACUUCAUGCUCUUUGGAAAUUACAUUUUGUAUAGAAUGCAAAAGUUUAAUAGUUGUUGCUCUGUAUACAAAUACAUACAUUUGUACACAAACAAAGUCGUAGCUGUAUAGAGUUAAACCGAGACAAAUCUGUAUUAUAUUAAGGGAUAUAACUGGAGUAUUACAUUUGUAUGAUUUAUUCUGCCUGUCUGGACGCAACUAUUAUUAUUAUUAUUAUUGUGUUGUUUUGCCAUAUAACAACAUUGAUUGUUGAUAUUAUUGCUAUAAGCUUAAAGGUCUUUUUAAUGAGAUUUUUGUUGUAAAUGAAUGUUACUGUACAGCUGACUACAGAGAGCUCUAUAAAGACUGUAUUUUGAAUAUUUUGUUAAUAAAUUUGGAGUUGCGAUGCUCCUGUUAAUGG